AUGCCGCCAAAGUCCAAUCACACCAGCGGCAGUGAGCCGAACGGCAUCGAACCGCCAGACGUGAGUAAGGCCGACGACGACGUGCCGGCCUGUCAGUCCUGCCGCAAGAAAAAGGCGCGAUGCGAUCGCGCUCAGCCAUGUUCUCAAUGCGUACGCUUCAAAGUCUCCUGCCUUUAUGAUGAUAGGAGAAUGAAGCCUGGUCUUCGAGCAGGUGCGGUUGACCAGCUCUAUCGCCGCAUCGAAACGCUUGAGAAUAUGUUUCUGGGGCAGGAGAUGCUAUGGCAACAAAUAUGGCAAGCGCUUCAUCCAAACUCAGCUCUUCCAAUUCCGAUGCUGAACAUGACCGGUGAAACACACCUGGAACAGCGACGAGAGCAAUCGAAAGCCUGCCUACUCGAGCUUGGCGGCUCUGCGGAGCGGGAGCAAAGGCAAGACGUCCAACAAGUGCAAAAUAUUAGCCAGGAAGACAGGGGAGAAAGCCCUCGCCCAGUCAAGCGCCGACGACGGAACGAAGUGAGUGACGACGAUCUUACGGAAGUCUUGCCACCGGAAGUCAUGAUCGAGUUGGUCGACUUCUACUAUGUGAACAUUCACCCCUGGAUUCCGGUUCUACAUGUGGCCAAGUUUCGCGAGCGUAUGCAGUCACCAGAACAUCGCUCACGAAUUGCCUGUGUCCUUCAUGCUAUCAUAGCAGUAUGCGCCCGAUUCUCGCAAAGCGAAUUUCUAAAGGAUAAUGAUUACAAAAUCCAAAUCGCCAAAAAGAGCCGCCAAAAGGUCAUUUUGGAAUGUACAGAGACUUUCUCGGUUGAGAACCUGCAGGCUCUAGCCAUCAUUGCUUUUGAAACUAUCGGUCGGGGUCGCGGGCCCUCGUCAUGGUCAAUUGUCGGAAGCAUGGUGGGUACGGUGGAAAAGCUGCAAUUAGGUGUCGAAGAAGAUGCCCUUUACCAAGGGACAAAAAAGGGGGAGACUUUGAUCCGACGAAUGGUCUUCUUAAAUCCCUCGGAAUCAUGGAGCGAAACAGAGGAACGCAGGAGGGUUUUCUGGACUGUGUUCCUGAUGGACCGAUUUUGCAGUGUUUCCACCGGCUGGAAAAUCAGUUUAACGAGUGGUGAUGUUAAACGCCGCUUGCCCUGCGAAGGUGCUUUGUGGGAGAAAGAACAGGCGGUUGAGGCACCUUACUUUGGGAUUUCAGAUUCCAGGGGGAACGCAUGGAGCAGCUCUGCCCUGAAUGAGGAUCGAGCAUCCUCGAAUCCCCAAGACCAAGACGCCAUCGGUGGCUUUGCAUACAAUAUAGAAGCCACCGAAUCACUUGCUCUAGUGACAAACUUCUUUCUUCAUCAUGCCUUUGUUGUCAGCGAUUCUCAAAAAGUGCGGAUGUGGCUCAUGAAGUUUAAAGAAUUAGAUCUGCGCCUGAUUCAAUGGAAGUUAUAUUUGCCCUUGAAGUGGCGGGAAGCUUCAGUCCUCAAUAGUGACGGAGUCAUGGACCCGAAUCUGACGUUAGCUCAUAUCACCCACAACACUGCGGUUAUUCUUCUGCAUCAAGCAAUUGCAUACCCCCCAGCUCAUUGGCAAGCUUGUGCAAUUAAGCUGCCAUCUUCUGCAUCUGCUGAGACCUGCCUAGAGGCCGCUUCCGAGAUUGCAACGAUUGGACAUCAAUUUUUGACAUUUUCGCCAAUAUUUACAAACCCUCAAUUCUCGUUUUGUCUUUUUAUUGCUGGUAGAAUGCUUCUUGCUCAUGCGAGAUACAAUGCAAUCCCUUUAACGCCAGUACUUGACACACUGAUCGCAAGUCUACUGGAAAUUUCCCAUCGCUGGACUGGAAAGAGUGAAACGAGCAAUCCGUGGGAUGAAAAUCUGGCCGCCAUAUUUGCUGAGCGUCUUAUAGAAGCCCAGAAUAACUCAGAUGCCGCGCCUCGGCCGAGCUUGGAUAUCAGACAAACUGCGUAUUCAGAUGAGUCGAAAGAACAACCAUCCCAGAAACCCAGCUUCGAAGCUUCGCCUCCCGAGGGCUCGUUACUCUAUCCUGAAGCCGCAGAUUCCAUACCCCCUGCAAGAGCUAUCAACAAACAGACACUUCAGGAGCCAUCCAAUAUCGAUCAAUUUAGCUUGGCGUUCCCACCGCUUCCGCCAGCUUUCCAACAGGACUUCCCUGCAAUGUCACGAUUUGAUCCCAUAUCACUCUUUGCACAGACUUCUGGGAACACAGUAGCGUCAACGAUGGCGAUGGAUCCAGCACAUCAAAAAUAUAAUACAUGGCAAGGCCCCAGUGUGAACAUUGAGCAUGGCAUUGGAAGUCCUCAAGAUAAUCCAUUCCAGGUCUUCUGCCUGACCCCGAGUCCAGGGCAAAGGAUCAGUCGCUACGGUGGAACGAUAAUAGAGAGUCAAAUUGCGAACACGAAAGGUUCAAAUAUUUGA